UCGCGACCUGAAGUCAGCAGGUCCAGCUUCAGUGCGUUUCCUUCCAAGCGCCCUUGGGCUGAAGGGCAAGACACGUCUCAGGUCUCAGCGGGAUCCUCACCUCCCAGUCGGCCUACCCUACCAACACUGAGAACACCAGUCCAACCCUCCUCUGAGCCCGCCCUCUUCUCCUAGCAACCGUCAAGGGCUGCACUGAUUCCGCACAGCCAUGGCCUCAGCAGGGGCCAAGAGGCAACCAGAAGCCCAGAAUGGGAUGACAGUAGGAUUAGCCCAGGUUGCAGAGAUCCCUGAGUGCCCAGGACCAGGAGAAAAGUGUCUGGUGCCCGCACAUGAGACCUGCAGAAGCCCAGGUGAAGACAAGUAUUCAGUAGGACACAGCUUCGAGCCGGAGCUCCAGGAGGAAGGAAUAAACCGGGGACAGGAAGGGCUCAAUCCAGGGGUGGACGCAAGAGAGGAGAGAGGACCCAAGCCUACAUCAUCCAUCGUGAGGCCCAGUCAUGGACCCAAGAGAAAGCCCAUCAAGCCUCUCGUCCCAGGCUUGGGCAGCCCAGGCCUUCCAGGGCCAAGCUACCAUGGGCACCCUAGGGCUGAAGCUGAACAGCCACCAGGGAUGCUGCUGCAGAAGGAGGAACCAGAGGGCAGCCACAGUGAGUCUUCGGUGUCUGCUAAGCAGCACAAAAAAGCCAAGAAACGCAAGAGCGCGGGGGCCCCUGUGCCCCCGAAUGCAGCCGGCACGCCCACAUCUACGGAGACGCUGGGGCUGGAGCGAAAAGCCCAGCGUCUGCGGCCGCUGUACCAAUAUAUCAACUAUUGCAACCCUGAGCUGAAUCAGGCAGGGGACGAGGACAGGGAGCCGGAGGUGGAGCCUGAGUCGGAGCUGGCCCCGGCUCCUGAGGAGGCCGUUGUGGAGCAGCUGCAGUUGCAGGCCUUGCUGCCCGUGGCGGGUGAGCUGGGCUUGGGCCUCGCCUUGUCCUGCUCAAAUACACUAGUGCCACUCACUCGUGCGCUGCCUCCUCUGGGACGGGAGGUGGGAGAGCAGCCCGGGGGGUUGUCUAGUCUAAGGACGAGCGGCAGCCGCAAGGCUGAGGUGGACAAGACCACCCAAGUGGACAUUGACAAGAUGCUGAGUGUCUGUGCAGCCCCUCUCGUGCCCCCCCUCUCCCCGCAGUACAAGUGACCAUCUACCCACUGAGAAGGUCUCCAGGCCUAAACUAGGGCUGUACGCUCAGGCCUAGGCCAUCAGGUGGAGGAAGGAAUUCAGACUUUGUCUGUACUGGGAAUUCGGGCUCUGAAAAUAAACAUUUCCCCCUUUUAAAA